AUUCAGGGGCGGCUGACACCAUGAUUCGCCGUGCAGAGGCUCGCUUGGAUUGGCUCUUAUGGAUUGGCCAACGCUCUCAUAACGAACGUCCCAUCCAACGCUCCAAGGGUGUACGACGCUAACUCACUCACCAUCCAACAAGCAAUGGUUCUCCCGUGGGCCAACCAAACGGACCCACAGUGUCACCAAACCAUCUGGCGUGGGGGGCUUCAUCCUGUCGGCUUACAGGGUCCUGUCAAAUCCAAGGGAACCAAAGCAUUCCGAUAUGAAUGAGGAUCACUGCCAUGUGACAGGUGACGGACGAUAGGUUCGCCCCGGUUGGCUGGAAUAGGCAGGCGGACGGAUCGACGGACACGCCAGAGAGGACACGCCAGAGAGGACGCACGGGUCCUUCGACCUUAACCCGGGACUGAAAUGCCGACCACGACCUUCAUACUGGAUGUCCAUCACCCUGAAUGCUAUAUCUCCUGUCUACACAAACCAACUUCACCGGACACAAAAAGCAAAGAAAGAGACGCUCAGCUCCUAAAAUCAUUCCGAAGAUGGAUGUCGCUCCUGCACGAUUUUGGCUGGAAACGAUCAACGGAUGAACCGGAUGAACCAAGAAACGUUGCUAUCAUGGAUGAACGACUUGUUUCUGUAACACAUGUCAACUUAUCAGGCUUUACGCCACAUGGCUUGUAAGUGGCAUCAGCAAUCGGUUGUUUGGAUUACCGGGUCUUGAGUAAAAUUGACGAUCAAAUCGGACCUUGGUUUGACCAAUGAUCCUUGACGUACAUACUUCCCCCGAAGUUCUUGGACUUGAAACCCGUCACUGUUGGCGCUCUGAGGGCGAGCCAUGAGAGUCAUGAACAGACUACCGCGCUGCUCUUGGGCCCGAUCUUUCUCUCAAGGACCUGCUGCGGCUCGUCCUGUGACUUUGGAUUAUUUCAAGUGGUUUCUGCCCGUUCAAACGCGGUUCAAGGACAAUGACUCUUACGGACACAUGAAUAAUGCGGUCUACCACGCCAUUAGCGACAGCUUGGUGAACGUCUUUUUAACCCGUCAGGCCGGAUGCAGCUUGGACAACUCGGAUGAAACCGCACGUUUCAUGGUCAAAACCCUAUGUACAUAUUACCAACCUAUUUCGUUUCCCAAUGUCUACUUGGGCGGAUUGGCCAUCACGAAGCUGGGUCAGUCGAGCGUGGACUAUGAGAUGGGAUUAUUCGCCUUGAACAGCGACCAAUUUCACACGCAAAACUUCAACCUGGUCCAUGGGAACUUCUUGGCGGAUCUUGGCCACGUGGAUUUGGACGAAAAGUCGCGGUGUUUGGGCCAAUUUACCCAUGUUUUCGUGGACCCCAAACGCGGAUUUAGACCCACCCCGAUUCCUAGCCCAGUCAAAGUGAUUUUGCAAAAACUCUGCACUUCAACGGUUGUCCCACCCUAACGCCUUCAGGGCGGGUAGAACGAUGAUCCCUGACACCAGGGACUAACUAACGUCUGUCCAUGACCAUCCACUUUAUCGCCCAAAUAAAUUAAAUCUGCUCAAGUCAG